CAAGUUCGUUGCAAUGCUUUCUUAAAACAGCAACUUUGCAAGCUUUGUUUGAUUGUGUAGCGAUUGUCAAGUCUGGGUCCAAGGCCUCCAUACUGUACCGCCUCAGAUGGUCUCUCCAGCUAUAUUGCAAGCAUUGAAGCGGUCAGCCCUGGUCAUUGUUGGCUUCAACACUGCUGGAUUCGCCGUCACAGCCGUCACCCGCUCGCACAAAAUCACCGAUCUUACGGGCACGACAGCAUUCAUAGCCUCUGCAUGGGCGACGCAUGCGGCGGCAUGCCACAUGCACAACCUGCGCCUGUUUCAGCCGUCCAAGAGCCUCUUCCUGGCGGGAGCAGUGACGCUGUGGGGCACGCGGCUGGCUGGGUACCUGUUCUGGCGCGUGCUGCAGACCGGGAAGGACGCGCGGCUGAACUUCCUGUUCCCCCGGGAUGAGUCGGAGCCGCUGCUGACUGGACGCAGCAUGUACCCAAUAAAGCUGGCAGGGUUCUGGACUGCUCAGAGCCUUUGGGGAUGGAUUGUGCUGCUGCCCAUAACCGUCAGCCAGACAUUGACUCCUGCAGCACCUCUUGGGCCACUGGGCUGGAUAGCUGCCGCCGGCUUCCUUGCUGGCUUCGCCAUUGAGACGGUUGCUGACCUGCAGAAGUUCUACUUCAAGUCUGCACAUCCAGACAAGUUCAUGGACAGCGGUCUGUUUGCGCUCUGCCGCCACCCAAACUACUUUGGAGAGAUCUUGCUGUGGACUUCUUUGACAGUGCUGGCUGGCACGCACGGGGUUUUUGCCAAGCACCCCUGGAUCAUUGCCAGUCCUGCCUUCACCAUCUUCCUGCUGCUUUAUGUUUCCGGCAUCCCCACUCUGGAGAAGUCACAUGAGAAGCGCUAUGGCAAAGAUGCAGCCUACAAAGACUACAAGGCUAGCACCAAUCUCCUUCUGCCCUGGUGCAAGAGCAAGACUUCCCCAUGAUAUUGAUGCAGGCUUCUUGGCAGCUAUGGCAUCAAACAUCUGCACCUGGUAAUAGCGCUAUGACCCUACCAGUGGUUCUUGCAGACAGAUCACCGUCAGUAUAAGGCGUGCCUGAGUGAGCAUAAAUGUGGUUUGUUGAGCAGCCAUCGCUCAUGAGAGCUCAAGACAGUGUAGAUCCUAUCUAGAUCUGAUUUUGCACAACUUGUAAAUUAUUAUUGUAUGUAGGACUGUGGGAGGUUUUCACUUCUUGAGAUGACCUUCAGAUCUCCUGUUGUACUAUCGAACUGAAAAAAUUUCCCUGCAUAUGCAUGCGUGCGCAGUCAAAUGCCCCUGGUAUUUGUCGCACAAUAUUGUGAAAUCCCGCGGUGCGCCAAGACUGGCCUAUUGAGCUUGCAAGGCCAUGAGCUCGCGAGGGCCUUGAUUAAAGCGCAGAUCUGUAAAAUGG